CACAUGAUGAUAAACUUGAUUUGAUCAACUCUUGCAAAUAGGAAGAAACAGGAAUUUUGCUUUUCAAAUGCUUGAUGGUAGAUAAAAAUUACUGUAGACUUGCUCAAGAGAGUGAUGUUGAAUGUUUAGUUGAACAGAAAAGGAUAUUAAAACAUGGAUGAUGAAGAUGUAAAACAGUAUCUGGAUCAGGUAGAGAGGAUCGCUCAAUGCCCAGUGUGUCUGGAGUUGGUCAGAGCGCCAGUCGUCUUGUGUGUCAACGGACACGUAACUUGCGGCCAGUGUAGGAACAAUGCUGCCAACUGCCAUGUGUGUCGUCAACCGUUCAGUAAUGUCUCUCCCAGGGUCUUGGAGGAGCUGCUGUCAGCGUUGCCACAGCUCUGUCCUAAUGAAAGGUGUGGGGUUGUUACCUUCUUGGAUAAUCACUCCAAGUAUUGUGUUUACAGACAGAUAAAGUGUAGAGUUGCCAAUUGUCAAUGGUCUGGAGCCGUCAUCGAGUGGUUUGAACACAUCAACAACAUCCAUACCUCUCAAACAUCUAAUCUAUAAAAGAGUACAAACUAA